AUGUUUGAACGUGGAGGUACAGGAAAUGGGAAUGGAAAUAAGAUGAAUCUAAGGGUCGAAAUUUUGGACGGAUUAUUGGAAUCUAUGGGUGAAGGUAGCAAUGCUAAGAUUAAUUCUUUGAAACAAACAAUUCGGCGAAAUAAAACUGAUAUGGCUGAAAAUACGACGAAAUCGCUUGAUCUGAUGCGACGAGUUUUUCAAUCCGAAAUGACCGAAGAAUUUCGUCAAAUAUUAGAUCGACACGUGCGAACUACAUUUUCUCCAGCAUUCGAAAAUCUUCGACGCAAUGGACAUGAAGUAUCGGAUGAGGACAUUAAAGAGCUGUGUCGAAACAUUCUCGAAGCAGCCAAAACACCCUACCUCCCUGUUGAAAAUAUCGACCCAAUGAUUAAAGAAUUCGAUCCACCAAGCUGUCACGGAUUCGAUUCGGAUGUUGAAAGUGAGGCGAGCGUAAUGAGUAUAGUACCUCAUCAGCAACUCCAGUCACAGUCCAUCGCUAAUCCUUCAUCAAUUCGAGGACGCAAAAGGGGGAGACCUCGCAAGACAGACAUGGAUUGCGGUCGAAGUGGAACACCAAUUAUGCGGUCGAAUGAUGCAAUCUCGGCAAGGGAAGCUGAAAAGUGGGAUGCUGGUCGUAUCAGUCCGUCGACCCGAUUCAUUCUCGGUUCAAAGGUGUCACGUCUAUUGGCAGCUGCUCAACGUGGAAAUUUAUAUAUGAAAUACCCGCGUAUCUUUCGUUACGUUGGAGAUGAAGAGGAUCGUGCAUGGCUAAUUGAAAACCGUCUGACGACACGUCUUUCUGGAAAAAUAUUUGUGAUGAUACUUGAUGAUGUGCUCGAAAUUGCAAUUCUUGAGAAUUAUGUUGGACCUCCAUCUGAUUUCGAACGUGUUUCGUUUUGCGUGCCAUCGUCAAUGGUUGCUAAAAUGAAAAUCCGCAUGGCUGAAGUAUAUGAGCAGCUGAAAUUACGAGUCGUUAAUAAUUCAUCAUUCACCAGUUACUAA